GCUAUGCAACCAUAAGCCCUUAAAGUUCAGUUUGGUCUCAGGAAAAAACUGCAAUGAAGAGAGAAUCUGAAAACUUCACAGCGAACAUAUAAUCCAGGAGGGCCCACACAGUGGCUCCCACUUCCCGGAUGGGAAGCCCCACCAACAAAUCUCGACCGUUGGGUGCCGGCGGCCAUACUCACUGCACCCGCACGCACCAGAUCGGAGCCCUCCUACUCGUCGCCGCCACUUUCUUCCUCUCCAGAAUCUUCGACAGCCCAUGCGACGGCUUCCCCUCCGCCGAUCUCAGCCGUCCAUUGCGGAGCGAAUUGCCGUCGUUCCACGGCGGAGAUUUCUCCUGGCCCCUGCGUGGGUACGGUCCCCACCUGGACCUCAAGAUCUACGUCUACGAUGAGAACGAGAUCGAAGGGCUCAAGGCCUUGAUGUACGGCCGUGACGGCAAAAUCUCCGCCGUCAAGUGCAUGAAAGGCCAGUGGGGCACUCAGGUUAAAAUACACAAGUUGCUUUUAAUAUCGAGAUUCCAGACAAGGAAGAAGGAGGAAGCUGACCUAUUCUUUGUGCCGUCCUAUAUCAAAUGUGUUCGCAUGUUGGGUGGCCUUGAUGAUAAAGAGAUUACAGAUACCUAUGUGAAGGUGUUGAGUCAAAUGCCUUACUUCAGGCGAUCUGGUGGCCGUGACCAUAUAUUUGUUUUUCCGAGUGGUAUUGGAGCUCACAUAUUUAAAUCCUGGGAGAUAUAUAUAAAUCGUUCCAUAUUUCUUACUCCUGAGGGGGACCGGACUGAUAAGAAAGAUACAAGUGCCUUUAAUACUUGGAAAGAUAUUAUCAUUCCUGGCAAUGUUGAUGAUUCAAUGACUACAAAUGGUGAAAGGGCUGUCCAACCUUUACCUCUAUCAAAACGGAAGCUUCUCGCAAAUUAUUUAGGUCGUGCGCAAGGAAAGGUUGGCCGUUUGAAGUUGAUAGAGCUUGCAAAGCAAUUUCCACAUAAGUUGGAAUGUCCAGACUUGCGGUUCAGUGGACCCAAUAAACUAGGGAGGCCAGAAUAUUUUGAACACCUACGCAAUGCCAAGUUCUGCCUUGCCCCGCGUGGGGAAUCUUCUUGGACUCUUCGCUUUUACGAGUCUUUCUUUGUGGAGUGUGUCCCAGUGAUAAUGUCAGAUCAAAUAGAGUUGCCUUUCCAGAAUGUUAUUGACUACACCCAGAUAUCGAUCAAAUGGCCAUCCACUCGAAUAGGGCCUGAGUUGUUGGAGUACCUAGAGUCAAUUCCAGAUAAAGACAUAGAGACGAUGAUAAGUCACGGUAGACAAGUAAGGUGUUUAUGGGCUUAUGCUCCCGAAUCAUCGCCGUGUUCUGCAAUGCAAGGGAUCAUGUGGGAACUUCAGAGGAAAGUUAGGCAGUUUCAGCAGUCAGCUGAAACAUUCUGGCUUCACAAUGGAUCAUAUGUGAACAGAAAUUUGGUCGAAUUCUCCAAAUGGAAACCUCCCAUGCCUUUAUCUUGAUCCUGCUUGAAAAUAAUCCAUUUCACUGCCUAUUCUAUAGUCCGUUUUUUUCUUUUAAAUUUUUUC